AAAUUAGAGAAUGUUUCGAAAGAAUAUCUUUACUGAGAAAAAUGGUGUCUUGGUUUCAGUUUGAUUACGGACAACAGUCUUCACCUCUUGAAAUGGAUUUCAGAACUGCCUUUUUACCUGGUUGGCUAUAAGGCCUUACACACAAACACCUUACCUUAGGUGUUGACGGCACUUCAGAUUUUCCAUGGUGCUGUAAAGGACCAUCAAUGAUCUAAGGAUUGUCAGUUACGCUAACCUACAUAUUUUAUCAAGUGUUUCUCAAGGAGAGAGAAAGAGAGAAGGGGAGAGACAGAGACAGAGACAGAGACAGAGACAGAGAGAAGCAGCCCUGAAAAUGGCGCGGGACUUCGACGAUCUCCUUUCGCGCUAUGGUAACGACGGCACCUACCAGAAGUGGAUGAUUGCCCUCGUCAUCUGCCCGACGGCGUUCUUCGUGGCAAUGAAUGCCAACCUGAUACUGUUCCAGAUGGCGGUGCCACCGCACUGGUGUCACACCCCCGGCAGGGAAAGAACGAAACUGAACGACACCGAAUGGAAAGCGCUCACGAUUCCCUUGACCGAGAAGGGCGAGUUUUCCAGUUGUUCGAGCUACAGCCUUAAGUGGGAGGGAGAGGGCAGCCAAGUAGAUGCGUCGUACAUCAUCUAUAAUGACACCGAAGCAUGUGGAAACAGCUGGGAUUACAGCACGGCCGAAUUCACCAGCACCUGGGCCACCGAGUAUGGCUGGUUUUGUGAGAAAGAAGAAUACUCGAAUUAUGUUUAUUCAGCCUCUGUCUUAGGGAGCUGCAUUGGUACUUUGAUACUGCCUCCUAUAUCAGAUAAGUACACGGGUCGCCGAGCCAUGUUCUUCAUCUCCGUUUUUGUGGGAAUUGUUUUCACGCUGCCCGUCGUCUGGUUCCAGGACCUGACCUCGCACAUCAUUCUCCGUCUCUUGGCGGGCAUGGCGUUCGAAACCAACUACCAAAUGCCGUAUCUCAUUGUGCUGGAAGUUCUGUGUCCCGAAAAGAGGGCGAUGGCUGCCUGCUUGUCCUUCGUAUCUUGGACUGUAGCGAUGUGCUUCACCUCCCUCGUAGCUUGGCUGGUUCCCAGAUGGGAUUACUUGGCCUUAAUCUCCGUCGUGCCUUACCUUCUUUGCGGCUUGUACUGGAAAUACUUGCCCGAGUCCCCGAGAUGGCUCUUAGCACAUGGGAAAAUAUCCGAAUGUGCAGAUGUUGUCAUUAAGAUAGCCAAAGUGAAUGGAAAACCUGUUCCAUCUCGAUCAGAACUGGAGCUAGAACUUGUGUUGCUGAAGAACAACCAGAAAGAGGACCUGUCGCUCAUCCACGCAUUCAAGUACCCUAAACUGCGGCGCAACACCAUCAUCCUCUUCUUUCACAGCUUUGCUUGCUACUUGACCUACGGCAUCACCCUCUUGAGCAUCAACAUCCUCUCAAGCAACUUCUUUCUUAGUCACUUCGUGCUGUCGGCGUUCGAACUCCCAAGCAAUCUGCUCGGGUGGAUCUUCACUCAUUAUCUGGGGCGCAGAUUCACCCUCUUUUCCACCAUCCUUCUCACCGCGAUCUUCAGCGCAGCCGCAUGUUUUUGUAUACAUGAUAAAUGGGCGCUACUUGCUACAGUAGGCUUCGUCAAGUUGUUUUCGACACAAUACAUCUAUAUACUCAUUGUCAUGAUGACGGAAAUUCUGCCGACCACAGUCCGGGCAACAGGAUACGCCUGGAUGACGGUUUGUGGGCUUUUUGCCAUGAUGAUUGCCCCGUACCCUCUGAAGACGGAACUGGGCGGACUAUUCCCAUACCUCCUCAUCAUAGGCAUCAUGAUGAUCAGCCUUCUCGUAGGAUGGCCGCUGCCCGAGACUAUAGGUCUACCAUUACCCCAAACCUUCCAGGAUUCUGAAACCCUGGACGAAGGGAGACCGCUGAAGACCUGGAUACACCACUGGAACAGCUCCAAGUAUUCGAGUCAGCAAGUGAAAGGUUGAAAGAAGCUGCGCAGGGCAGCAGGACAAUGUCUUCGAGGAACUGAAAAUAUAUUGAACACAUUUUGAUUAUUCUUAACAGGCCUUUUUUAUUUUUCUUUUAUUUUUGUUUUUUUAAGAAACUCUUCUUAUUAUCAAGUUCUUCUAUGGGAUGCCCGAAAGAGCAGAUGCCAACGUUUGGCAUAAGGCCACCCGGCUUAUAAGAAAACCAGCGUGGCUUCGAUCUUGAUAUGGCAAUGUACUGUCGGCGAGAGGGUUACUCUUAGCAGGGUUCUUGAGAAAGGUUCAUGUCAGCGCUGCAGGCAGUGUGCAUUGCAUAUCGUCACCAGUAUUAAAUCUACUACAGGUCUUUUUUUGCAUCAGUUUACAGAAACUAAAGGGUAUAUAAUGAAAAUAACUGUAGAGAUAUAUUUAUAUAGAUAAUUGUUUUAAUUACCAAUUUGUACAAUCAUGUAAUGAGAAGUUCUUCUUUCAUCUUUACGAGGUGUUUAACAAUUUUGUAAAUCACAUUACUGUUUGCAAUAUAUCGGUCUAUAACGGAGUAUAAUUCUAAAUUGCGCAGAGAAAUUAAUGGAAUUCCUAUAAAAUUCCAUGGUCCGCCAUUAAUCUGUUAUUUUCAUUAGAUUUUUCCAGAAAGAUUGUCAUCCUAAUAGGCACAAGAAAUAGGAAAUAUUUGCGAAAUAUGCAAAAGAGCUAAAUUGGCAGGAUACAACAUUUCCUUUUAGUAUUUGAAUCCUGAAUGGGUCGAAUAUAUGACAGCUAGUAGCCUGAAGAUUACUAUUGCAUUACGUAAAAGACAUUCCAAUAAAACAUUUUCAGUAGU